AUGGCCUCUGACUCUGUCCCCACGGAGCCACAGCCGAAAUGCUUCUGCUUUGAAGGCUGUCAUCCGGCAGACUGCGUCCUCUGCAUCUGCCCCUAUCACUGGAGCCAGACCUGCUCCAAGAAGCUCACGACAUCUUUGUUCUGCGUCCAACACGAGGACGAGUUUUCUGCACUACUCUCACCCUCUGCAUCGGUGGAGUCGUUCAAUCUUGAAGAUCUUGAUGAAACGUCUCAGUGGCAGACCUCCCCGGACAAAAUCGUUGGCAUCAUACCCUCGUGGUUGCAGGACGACGCCGUCACCAUGCCCUUGCUACCAUCACCCCCGCUUGCAGUCCUCGACCCUGCCAUCGUGCUCACGGUUGAGAAGUGCUCAGGAGGCCGCAUCUACCAGAGCGCCAGCAAGAUUUACUUUGUCAGCGAUAGCGACGGGGACGGCGAAGACGACGAGGAUGGUACUGACAACGACUCGUCUUUGUCGAUGUGGCAAGACGAUGAUUUCGAUGAUGAUAACAUAGAGAUAUCAUCGGUCGCGACAGAUCCGUCAGAGUACGUUUCUGACGAGUCUGAUCAUGACGAUUCCGCCGGUGACAACCUGCUCAGCAUCCGCAACGUACUCGCUCGCGAGCGCGCAGACCUGCUCAAACUGGGCUACUGCAGCGACUGGCUUCACGACUUGUACUAUGCUGCCGAGUUCAUCCUAGUGAGCCUGUAUGACCAGUGGGACGAGGAUCUCUGCCGGGGCUUCCAUCUGCUCAAUGAGAAGAUAGACUCUGAGAUCUGGCGGCUUCAGAAGCAGACCGAGUCCAAGACUCUACGGUAUUGA